AUUUCUCCAUGUGAUUAGGUUCAAGUGUUUCUACAUCAAAUGAAUGGAUCUGUUUGUUUAUUCAUAGGAGAAAGGGGUACUAUCUACAGCCUUCAGCUAGCUUACAAACGGACAAUUUUAAUCUUCUUAAGAUACUCUGCAAAAAGCCCAUAUCUAUGCUUCACCAGGUUGAACUUGUUAAGGAACCUGCAGAUACUUUGUGUUCUGUUCAUCAUAUGAAAUUUUGGGGAGGCCUGUUCAUUGUAGAGAUAUUUUGUGAUGAAAUUAUAGGUUCUUGUGGGAAAAGGGAAUAGGAAGGAGGCAGAAGUGUUCAAGUCCUCCAUGAAAGAUUUUAUUUUGCUUCUUCUUUGCUACUUUCUGAUGCCUCAUGCAAUUAUAUCCACCAUAGUUGAUUCCAUAGAUACAGCUCACUUUAUUAGAGAUGGUGAGACCAUAGUUUCGGCUAGCAAAAUCUUUGAGUUUGGAUUCUUUAGCCCCGGUUUUGCCGCCAAGCGAUACUUGGGAAUAUGGUACAAGAAAUCAGUGGAGACCGUUGUUUCGGUGGCCAACAGAGAAGUUCCCCUAAAUGAUUCAUCUGGUGUUGCAAAAGUUACAAAUCGGGGAAUUCUUGUCCUUAUGAAUGGUAAAGGCAAAACUAUUUGGUCUUCCUACUGUUUGAGACUGGUGCAUUGUCCGGUUGCACAGCUACUGGAUUCCGGUAAUCUUGUUGUGAAAGAUGAUUGGGAUAAAAGCUUCAUAUGGCAGAGCUUUGAUCAUCCGUGUGAUACACUGCUACCAGGCAUGAAGAUGGGGAAGGGCCUCGUUAUGGGCCAAUAUCGGUAUCUAUCAUCAUGGAGAAGUUCUGAUGAUCCUGCUCCAGGCAACUUCACAUUCGGAUUUGUUCUGUUCUUGGUUCCGAAAGAAGGUUCCCCGGUGCAAUUCCAUUCGAAUGAAAAUGAGGUAUACUAUGGAUACAUUCAUGGCCUUCGGCAUAGCUCAAUUCUUACAAGAUUAGUGAUUAGUCAUAAUGGAGAUUUAAGGCAUUUCAAAUGGACUGAUAGAAACCGACAUUGGGUGCAUUAUCGUUCAACUCAAGAGGCUACUUGUGACAGUUACGGAUUGUGUGGCGCAAAUGGUGUCUGCAAUCCUAAUAACUCCCCCGCCUGUGCUUGCUUGGACGGAUUCGUGCCGAAAAACAAGAAAGAAUGGGAUAAAAGACCAGGGUCAGGUGGUUGCAUUAGAAAGACUCGACUGAGCUGUUCUGGAGAUGGAUUUAAGGAGUUCCCCGGAGUAAAGUUUCCAACCUCAGCAUCCGACUUUAACACCACAAUGAACCUUGAAGAGUGUGAGUCUCAGUGUUCAAAGAACUGUUCCUGCACAGCUUAUGCUAAUUCAGAUAUACGAUAUGGAGGAAGCGGGUGCCAGCUCUGGUUUGGUGAGCUGAUUGAUAUCAAACAAUCCACUGGAAGGGGACAAAUUAUUUAUAUACGAAUGGCCAUGUCAGAAAUAGAUGAAACUCGGAAGGGAACGAAUAAAACCACCGAGAAGAGAAGGAUGUGGAUCACAGUCAGCUGUGGGUGCUUAACUGUGGUGGCCAUUGCAGGCAUAGCCCUGGUCCUUUUUGUCUGGAGGAAGAAAAACCAGAGAAAGGGCUCAAUGAAAGGCCUUUCAGAAAGUAGGUAUAAAUAUGAGAAUCAGAAUGAAGAUCUUGAUUUGCCAUUGUUUGAUUUUGCAACAAUUGCCCGUGCAACCGAUAACUUCUCUCCGAACAAUAAAAUUGGUGAAGGUGGUUUUGGAUCUGUCUACAAGGGUAUCUUGGAUGAUGGUCUAGAAAUUGCAGUGAAGAGAUUGUCAAAGGGUUCUACACAAGGAGACAAUGAGUUCAGAAAUGAAGUCGAACAAAUCGCAAAAGUUCAGCACCGGAAUUUAGUGAAGCUUUUAGGAUGCUGCAUUCAAACAGAUGAAAAGGCUCUGAUAUAUGAAUUUAUGUCGAACAAAAGUCUCGACUUCUUUAUAUUUGAUCAAGCUCGAAGCAUGUUGCUCGAUUGGCCUAUGAGGUACAAUAUCAUCAACGGGAUUGCUCGUGGACUCCUUUAUCUUCAUCAAGAUUCCCCGCAGCGAGUUAUACAUCGAGAUCUAAAGGCUGCUAACGUAUUGCUAGACAAGGAAAUUAAUGCCAAAAUUUCGGACUUCGGUUUGGCUAGAAGUUUUGGGGAGAAACAAACUGCGGCUGAUACGAUCAGGGUGGUGGGAACAUAUGGUUACAUGUCUCCGGAAUAUGUGAUUGACGGGGUAUACUCAAUCAAAUCCGAUGUCUUUAGCUUCGGUGUUUUGCUACUAGAGAUAAUAAGUGGGAAACGAAACCGGGGAUUCUUUCAUCCGGAUCAUCAUCUUAACCUUGUUGGCCAUGCAUGGAAGUUAUUUACAGAAGGCAAAUCGAUGGAACUGGUAGCGGAACCGAUUAGCAAAACCGGAAAGUCCAACGAAAUUAUACGAUCGAUUCAGGUAGGUCUAUUAUGUGUGCAACAAAGCGCGGAAGACAGACCGAACAUGUCGUAUGUGGUGCUAAUGCUGACUUGUGAUGAUCCAUUGCCUCAGCCAAAACAGCCAGGUUUUUUCCUUGAGAGAGAUCUGGCAGAAUAUAGUUCUUCAUCAAGCAGUCAAAAACAAUUUUUGUCUAAUAACUUCACUAUAACUGUAUUGGAUGCAAGAUAGACGACAGUUAUUGUUGUUCAUAUUCUACAGUGCUCUUACCAUAAGUCC